UACCUCCUUUAACGCUCUCCCCUUCACUUCUCUCUCUCCCUCUCUCUCUCUCUCUGCUGCUCCAUCGCGACGAAGAAGAAGAAGAAGAAGAAGCCGAGGAAAAAGCUCGACGGAUUCACAGCGGACGGUUCCAUGGACCGAUGCCCUUUUAUUCGGAUAAUCGUCGGCAACCUCGCGCUAAAGGUUCUUGUGCCGCCGGCGCCCUCCGCCUCCCCCUGCUUCGCGAAGAUCCGCUUUGGCAAGUUCCCUCAACAGACCGCCAACGUUCCGAUCAUAGCUUCCGAUGGAAACUCCGUCUUAGACAACACGGAUUCCAUUGCCGGCCUGUUCCACCUAUCCAAGGCUGAUCUUGAUAGAAUCGCUGGAAAGUCGUCGCUUUUCGCCUCCUCCGCCAGCCGCGAUAAACUUAAUGUCUCCGUCUACACCGGCUCGCAGUCGCAGGGGGGUUCCUUCUGGUUGAGCUCCGGGAAGCUUCUUGGCAAGUUCACGAUGCGGCUGGACCUGAAGGGAAUCGCAAAGGACGGCGGGACGAGGGAGGCGAUGGAGUUCCACAGCGGCUGGGUCUCCAUCGGUAAGAAGACGGCAAAGAUUGGAAAAGGCUCCCCUUCUUCCUCCUGGUCAUCGGAGGCGCAGUUAUAUCUGACGGUGAAGGCCGAGCCCGACCCUCGGUUUGUGUUCGAGUUCGACGGCGUGCCGGAAUGUAGCCCUCAGGUUCUACAAGUAAAGGGUAAAAUGAGGCAGCCGGUCUUCACCUGCAAAUUUAGCUGCCGCAAUGCCGUCGAUCGCGACAUAUGCUCCAGGGCGGCGGUUUCGGAGUCACGGAGCAGCAGGAAAUGGCUUUCGUCGUUCGGGUCGGAGCGGGAACAGCCGGGGAAGGAGCGGAAGGGCUGGUCGGUGACCAUCCACGACCUCUCCGGGUCGCCUGUGGCUCUCGCUUCCAUGGUGACCCCCUUCGUGGCCACCCCCGGGACCGACCGAGUGAACCGCUCCAACCCUGGUGCAUGGCUCGUGCUCCGCCCCGUGGACGGCACCUGGACCCCGUGGGGGCGUCUCGAGGCCUGGCGCGAGCGCGGAGGCGCCGGCGCCGGCGACAACCUCGGCUACCGCUUCGCGCUCCUCCCGGACGACACCGUAGGAACCAGCAUCAACCUGUCGGAGUCCACCAUCAGCACCGUCAAGGGAGGGCAAUUCGUCAUCGACCUGACUGGCGCAACCGGCCCCAGCCGACACUUCUCGAGCCACCGCGGGUUUGUGAUGUCGGUGACGGUGGCGGGGGAAGGGCGCGGCGGCCGGCCGACGGUGGAGGUGGCGGCGCAGCACAUCGGGUACUCGGAGGACGCGGCGGUGUUCGUGGCGCUGGCCGCCGCCGUGGACCUGAGCAUGGACGCCUGCCGCCUUUUCUCGCAGAGGCUGAGGAAGGGGCUGAGCGCGCCGGACUUGCUGCGGUGACCCAAACCCCACCACGAACACACCAACAAACAAGUAGCUUCUCUAUCAUCUCCUCCUCUCCUUGUACAGUACAGUCAUGGCGUCGGCAAUGCUGCUAACAGAAGCUCUUCAUCUUUGCCAUUAAAGACGCACACUUCUUUGUCUCUGCUGUAAAUCCACUGUAGCAGGAAGCCAUCUCGCCCUCUUCCCCUCGCACAGUGUUGACCUAAAUCCCAGCAUGGAUGGAGAAGCUCUGAUAGGAGAAAAGGAGACUUCUUCAGGUUUUUAUUUAGGAUUGCUGUGCGUUGGGUGACUCUAAAGCUAGAAUCUGGCAUCACAAAACCUUCCUGGGCAUCAGUGAUCUUCAUGAUGCGGCAGGCUUCCAUUAGGAAUCAAAGGAACAAAGGAAUGAGGUUAAACAGUUUCCUUCAGAUUUGCAUCUUGACUCUUGUGUUCUUCUGGUUGCUUUAUCAGUUGAAACACUCUUUUGACAAGAAGAAGGGACCGGAUGAACACGGAUCGAGAAGUUUAAACAAUGCCGUCGACAGCCAUCCAGAAUUUACAGUCCUUGGCCGGAAAACCCUCCCCCCGCAUGACCAGGGCAUCGUUUCUGAAGGUAAAGUCAGUAACGAGGAUAAAGAACAUGAAGAAGAAGUCGAGAAAGGCGAAGAAGACGCAGAAUCCCAGCACACAAUGGACGACGAAGUGGCCAAAGAGAUUCCGGAAGAUGGGAUUGAUGAGCUAGAUAAUGAGCAAGAAGAUGAGCAGGAUUAUGAAGCUGAGGAUGGAGACGAUGCUGGAAAUGAAGAAGAAAAAGAUGAACAAGUCGAGGAGGCUGAGUUCCUGGAUGACCAAGACCCUGAGGAAGAUUCUUUACUAGAGGCACAUGAAAAAGGCCAUCGGGACCGAUCGAACGGAACUGGAGAUAGGAAUAACCGCAAUGUCGGUAAUAAUUCUACCAUCACUGAUCUUGCUGAUCUACAAAAUGAUAUCGACUAUAACAAUAGCCUAACCACAAGUGGAUCUUCUGUUGAGAAAUUGGAGCAAGAUGUUUCUCCUAUCAAUCAUUCAAAGCUAAAGGGCAACCUUCUUACAGCAGGAGUGUUGGAUGUUCGAGUGAAUCGACAAACCAAUGAAAAUCUAGGAAAGAACAACCUUCUUCCACUUGACAAUGAAGCUCUCAUCCAGAGCAUAGGUAAUGCUCAAAAUAGCGCGAUAUCUUUGCAGAGAAAUGAUAACUCAAACACAACUCUGGCAUAGACUGUCUGAUGUUUCUCUUGCUGCAAAUGACAAUGUAGCAGAGAGCCAUUCAGCUAAAGAUUCACGCAAUGUUCUAUCGACCUUAACCCGACGAGUAAAGAGUGCGGCCGGGCGGGUUGGAAUAUGGAUUGGAGUCCAUUCUGUCAUGUAAAAGAUCUAAGUUAGUAGACUCUGCUUUCUUACUAGUCUUUCUCAUUCAGGUGUGCUCAUGCUCUACUUCAAUUAUGCUUUGCUUAUGUGUUGGGUUAAUGCCAAGCAUUCCCAAUGGCAUGUUUUCUCUAGAUAAGAUCCAGAUGUCAAUGAAAGAGUAGCUUUAGAAGAACAUUCUCAUGUCCUCUUCUUCUUCUUAAUAUUCAAGCAAACUACUGUUGUGGAAUUA